AUGGCUCAGGGUCCGGGCUUGGAAAUCAACAAGGCACGGGGUGACUUGUGGCCAGGGGGCCUCACCCAGAGAGAUCUUCCAGACUCCGACAGCGAUGCGGACAUGUUGACCAAUUUCCGGAAGGCAAAGCAAACAAAGGCGCAGCCGAUCUCGCAGAAGAAGGAAGUGGCAGACAACGAUGAUGCCACGCGGGACCCAUUUCUGAGGAUGAGCCAAAUGAGCCCUCCGAUGCCAACCAGCCCGCCCAUGGGCCAAACGAACCAAUCGAUGGGCCAGAGGCCUUCAGCUGCACCAAAUGUGCCCAAGCUCGAGGGUCCAUGCCCGGUUCUUUGGUGUGGCAGACGGCAUGAUAAGUCGGUCAUCCUGUCAGCGAACCAAUGGAUCACCCUUGGUAAAGAGGCUUGCACAGUGCGGUUGCCUGACAAGGCGGUGUCGGCACGGCAUUGUCAGAUCAGAUGGGUCAGCCAAUCAAGGCAAGUGGAAUUUGUGGACACAAGCCUCAAUGGUACCUGGAUCAGUGGAGAAAAGGUGCAUAAGAAUCGCCUUGAACCCAAACUCCUGGAGCACGGAGCCAACAUCAUCGUGGAGGCAGAAUCUUCCAGCAACUUCUUCUCCUUCAUGUUGGACAUGCGCAACACGGGCUUGGGCUUAGGUGACCCACGGCAGUUGCCAAGAGGAGUGGAUCGGCGGAAGCAGGAGCUGGAACGUGACAAGUGGAAGAAGCACCUCUUGGAAUUGCGGCUGCGUCGCGAGAAGCAGGAAAAUGAUAUCCUUCAAAAGGAGCAACUCUUCUAUGAGCUGCAGGUGCAACGGAAGGACAUCGAGUCCAGGAGCCAAAUGUGGCAGACGGAGAUUGAACGCUUGAAGAUAGAUACGGAGUCGAUCCUGGAGAAGAUGUUUGCAAAGCGCAAGGAGUGGAAAGAGAAGUUGCAGGAGCUCUACAAGCAGGGCGAGGCUGCUGCGGUGCCGUUGACAGAAAAGACCAUCCACAAGCAGGAAGAGGUGGGCAAAUUGGAGAUGCAGGUCAACGAGCUUGAGCGUGAGAUCUACCCAGAUCGGUUUGCUUUAGCCGAAUUGCCAGAGGAGGAAGAGAAGGUGAAAGGCCUUGAAGAAACAGAUAACGAGGAGGAAAAUACGCCUGGAACGGGGCAACCGGAGAAUGAGCCACAAACCUCUGCACCACAGCAGCCAUCCUCUGGAUAUGCCCCAACCACGCCAGCCAAGACGCCCGCGCUUGACAGUGGGGCUUAUCAACAACACAGUGCACCUGCAAUUGACAGUGCACCUGCCAUUGACAGUGCCAAGUUUGAGGAGGAGGUGAUGGAAAUGGUCGCAGAGAACUCGGCACAGGCAAGUGCUUCAGCCGAGGCCUCUGCUGAGAUCGGGGAACCCGCCUCCAAGCGUCCUCGAGUGGGGAAGGUUUUGGGGCUUGUCCCGGUCCGACAUGUGGGGGGAUUGAACAAAACAACUGGAUGUGAUUCAGGUGAGCUGUUGAUGGGCAUGUUGUCACAGGCGGCCCUUGUUGGGAAUGGUGCCAUGAUCCCGUUUGCCACCUUUUUUCGCUACCUCUUUCUGACAAAGCUGGUGGAUCUGAAGCUGGGCCAUGGAGUGCCCGGAAGCUCUGGCACCUCAAGGUUGCAAGCCUUGAAACAAAGCAUCUUGGAGGCUCAGCUGGGCCAUGCCAUGGCCAUGGGGGUGAUUGAUCCUUGGUGGGGUUGUCGAGGCUCACAGCGUUUCACCCAAAUUCUGCAAUCCCAAGAGGACACCUCGGACACCUCGGCAUCGUUUCAUGCAGGUCCCUGCUUUUCGCCCAUCUUUCAAGAUGCUGCCCACAUGGCAAACGCCGCGGCUGGUGUGGCUGACUGCGCUACAAUGCCUGAUGCUAUCGGUUGGUCACCUGUGAAGAACAUGCCUCAGCGGGAUACAGCGCCCUACUUUGCGCUGAUCCGAACGGACUACAAGUUUCGUUUGCAGAAUGACUAUGUUGCCUACAGCAUAGACAUUCUCAUCGAUCCAUGUCGGGAUCUUGUCCGCGCGGGUGGGAGAGGCUCUGCAUGUUGCAAGGAUCAGAACAUCGCAGGAUGUCAGCACCACCCAGACAUCGAAGCUGGACAAGACCUGCAGGUGGCGUACAUGCAAAACGCGCACAUUGCCAGCUGUCGUGGUACAGACUUUGAAUACGAUCCCAAUUGCGGAACCUAUUUGGAGGUCCACCGACCCGGCACCAAGGAGGUCCUGUCGGACGUGCGAAUCGAUGCGCAGUCCUUCCCAAGUGGUUACCAGACAGUGUUCCUGGCGACACAUCGGCUCUGUCGAGGUCAAUAUGAGGCUCGAAAACGACAGAAGUUCGCAAGUAUUGAACUCAUGGCAAAUUGUCUGGUGGGUUGUGCGGACGCGCUCCGGCCCUUACGCUCCUGUCGCUCUCCGACAUGCCAUGAGUCGUCGCGUCGACGAGCACCAGGCAGUGGCAGAAAUGCCACGGAGGGCUUCCGCUUGGAGCGAUUUCAGGGAAGUCCUGCCUCACUGGACUCUGCAGAUCCCUUGUUGGAGCUGGGCUUAGGCCCUGUAAGCCCUAGCGGGCAAGGCACCGAGGGCUCUACCUCACCGACCCCGUCCUCGCCGACCUCCGAAAAAACCACGCGAUCGAUGGUGCGGCAGAAAGUGAGGAAGGCCAUGCUACAUCGAAUGCCCGCACCCGAUGUGAUCAUGUACUUCGCCGACAUGCAAAGCUUGGGCUCAAAAGUAGGGGAUUCAGCAGGCAUCGCGCAACAUUUGCUAAGCCAGAUGGCCAGCAAAAUGGCGGGCUUGUCGGUGGCAUGCCGCCGCGCGCCUGCACCACAGCUCUGGCUGGGAAGUUCCUUGGCAGUGACCCUGGACACUGGUGCAGAGGGCUCUGUUCCACCGGAAGUCAAUGUGAAACUCUUCGGAUGGGGGCAGGCCACCCUGACGACCAGCGACACACAUCAGCAGCUGCCUCCCUCGGAGCGCCGCGAACGCAGCGCGAAAUGGCGCGAAUUCAUCACAAACAUCGACAAGGUUGGCUGGGAGGCGUCACGUGCUUACCUGCAUCGUUUCGGCAACAACCACGGCUGGAAAGAGGUGAAGUUCGUGGUGGCGGACUUUGACGCGAUCAGCCACAAUGACUUCAUCGGCCAGGCCUCCCUCCACCUGGAUGAGAAGAACGCCAGCUGCAUGGGGGAGCAGGUCAUCCAGCUAGUCGACCGCAGCGAGAAUCCGGUCAUCGGAAAGAACGGCCUGCCCACCACGCUGACCUGCUCGGUGCAACUUCACACUCUGUCGCAGGUCCGCAUGCGAGGACUUUGGCGAGUCCACGUGCACCGUGCAGUGAAUCUUCCCAAGCGGGACCUUAGCGGAACUUCGGAUGCCUGGGUCUCCGUCUAUGCCACUGGCGGGGAGGAGUCACAAUUCUGCUUCCAGCAGCGGAGCUCUGUCGUCCCGCGCAGCCUGAAUCCGGAGUGGAACGAGACCUUCGAUUUGCCCUUGGCACGUCCAGGCAAUUUGUUGGCAGAUUGGCUGGAUGUCACAGCUCCAUCCCUGGGCGAUGCUGUCUUGAAAUCUGGACAGAAACUCUUACCAUGCGCCGCAGGAUCUGGUUUCGUGGCAGGGCCAGCUUCUGCCAAGGAAGAGAAGGCCGCCUUCGCCGCCUGGUCCUCCGCCUUAGCCUAUGCCGCGGACCGCGCUGCGCGGAAUCUAGGCCCCCCACCCAGGGAUAAAGCUCCGGUGGUCGCUUGCGAUCUCUUGGUGGAGCCGAUCAUGACGGCCGCCUCCGUGAACGACGGCGCAGCGGCGGCCAAGACGUGGUCCAACUGGUCUUGGAGCGCAUGGAACCCCUUCAGAUGGGGAGCCUGUGGCUGA